AACAGUUGUCAGGGGCAACACAAGCACCAGACGACGUUGGCAGGCAACGUUAACUCGCCGUUUUAUUUUAUUUUUAUAAAAACGCUAGCUUAAUUCCAUAUUUUGUCUGAUACGUUUAGGACUGUUUCUAUGUUGUAUUAAAUGUAGAUUAUUGUCACUGAGUGGAAAUGCCACCAAAAGCUGCUAAAAGGGGUUCAGCUAAAAAGCCUGCUGCGUCUGGAGCAGCAAGUGUCAACAAGAACUGGGAGGCUGGUCUCGCCAAAGCACAGUUUGAAGAGGAGUCAUGGCAAACUUGUGUGUCUUUGGUGGUUGGGAGAAGUCCAGAGGAAGACAGACUGACCCAUGCUAUGUCUUUAGCCGUACAGAAACCACUACGCAAACUUUUCAACCUCUUGACCUUGGACAGCACUCUUGCUAAGAUCCAUGAAUUAGGAAAUCCUAAAGCAAAAAGGCCUGAUGACAUUCCCAUGUUCUAUGAGGUUACAGAGCAUGCUAAGGUUCUGCUGGAUGCAGGACAGGAGAUACCUUGUGACCUGAUGGCAAAAAUACUCAAGUUCCAGCUGCUACAGAUCAAAGCCAACGAUCAGCAGAGGAGGGAAGCCGAGCAGGCUGAGGAGAAGAAGGCAAAGGCUGGUCCUCCAUCUGCCAGCAAGGAAAAAGGAGGGGCCAAGGUCUCUGAUAAAAAGGGAAAGAGUCCACCCUCACCUGUAUUACCUUCCAAAGAGAAGACCAAGCUCAAACGCAGGGAUGAUGUUGAGCCACCAAAGUUCUUAGAUGACGAACCACAGGAUGGUCCUCAACACUACAUCCUGCUGCUGGGCUUCUACCAGCCCCACCUCAUUGGGGCACUUGAUGCUAUAGGUGUACAUGUAGCAAAUGUCAUUAAAUUGUGUUCCGAGGACACACAAACUUCUGAGGGACCGCAGGGUCAACACGCAUGUGAGGGCGGCAGUGAGCAGAGACCAGUUUUGGAUGGAGAAGCAGAGGAUCAUGGUAGUAUAGAGCUUGCUGCGCAGGCCAGUAAGUUGGAUCUAUUCUGGUCAGGUCUGAGACCAGUUUUGGACAGCGGGCCACCACAUUCAAAGCUCCAUGAUGUGGUUCAGCUCAGCUGCACUAUCCCAGAUCUCUUACCUCCCUUCCACAUACAAGAACCUGAGGCUGAGCUGGAGAUAGGAAGCAGAAUCUUUGAGUGUGUGGCCAAUCUCAUGUAUGACUGUCUGGACUGGCGCAGGCAACAUCAGCACUAUCUAAACAGCAUCAAACUCAUCAGUGUACCUACUGCUGUGUUGGAUACUGAGCCUACAGAGGCUGUACCGACGCCUCUACCCAUAACUCCACGUUCAAAGAAGAAAUUGGUGCGAGAGGAAAGCCAACAAGAUCAAGAGACCGAGCAGCCUCCUCACUUUACAGAUGUUGAUAUGCGUUACUAUAGCAACCUACUUGACCUGGUUCCCCCUGAAGCCUGCUCUGUACCUCUAAUCAUGCACUGUAUGCUGGAACAGGUCUGUGUGCAUACUGUGCAGUCCACAGUGUCCCGUGAGGCUGAGGAACCCAAACCUCACAGUGGUCCUGGGUUAGACUAUCAGCUGCUCAGCUUCAUGCUCCAAAGCUUCCUGCCUCUGGUGCACACCGAAGAAGAGAAAAGCCACAUGUUAAAUUACUUGCUGACUACAGCACAGAAUGAAGAAGACAAGAAGAGGCUCUUGGAAAACUUUGGAGCUGAAGAGAUGCAAAAGAAGUCUGAGCACCCUCUGGUUAUCAGGCAUCAUAACGAGAGGGCUCUGCGCUUGAUGGACACCAGUGUGGUUCAGGGUUUUGAUCCUGCCAAGGUGGAGUUGUCAAUGCUGAAGCUGUCUCCAGUGUGGAAGCUGAUCCACUCUGUGGCUCAGCAGAUGAACAGUAACUCCUGCUGGAUGGCAAUCAAACAGCAGCUACAACACUACUGCACAGAUGAUGCUGUGUCAUGGAUGGAGGUGGAGCGUUUGAUUCAUCAGAGUGUAUUUGAGAGUAUGCCACUGACCAGGCUGGACCAAAAGGGUGUACUACUUAAUGUUCCUGGACCACUGGGACCAAUGGAACUAACAGAGCAGCAGGCAUCCAUAAUAAUCCCUUGGGACAACCCACUAUCUUUCGCUAAACAGCAGCUUAUUAAGCUACAGAAUAAAGGUCCAGCAUUUCUCACUGAAAACCCUGGUAACACAGAGCAGAUCAGUGGGAGAGUGUGUAGUCAGCUGGACUUAUCUGACAUUCAGAGCUUGAGGCUGAGAUCUCUGUUUGACUGGCACUAUGCUGAACAUCACAGUGCCUCUAUCUUCCCACAGGUGCUUCAGUUGGCCUCGGAAGAAUACCGCUGCCUGGACACCUUCAGAGGAAGUCACAACAACACACUGUACAUAUUUUGUCACAAUCCAAUGAGCCCUUCUCGUCAGUGCAAGGAGUUCUGGGAUGUGGCCCUUCACACUGAUGUCAAAUUCAGGAAGUACCUGGAGUAUGUGGCAGAUAACAUUUCAGACUGGACAAAAGCAGAAGAAUUAAAGAGAGAGGCAGUGAAACUCAGAAAUGUCAGCCCUUUGGAGUCUCAGAAAGAUGAAAAUGCUACAGAUUCUGCAGAGGAGGAAGACACUCUGGAACCAGUCAUCAGAAAAGGCUCCCUUAAAGCAUGGAAGUUGGAACAGGAGCAGCUAAAGGACGAGGAGAUGGCCAAGAAUUCAAAGAAGGAGAAUGCACCAAAAGGAAAGCAGCCAUUAGAGGAAGCGAAGUCAACGGACAGCAAGAAAAGUAAAACUUUGUCUAGUGGCAAGAAGAGCAGAGCAGAGACAGCAGGCAGCUCAGCCAAGACUCCCACAGAGUCCAUCACUACCACAGCACCCCCUGUUGAGGACAACAAAGAACUGCAUCUGACAGAGGAGCCAUUCAAUGGCUUCACAGGAUACAGCAUGGAUGGAAAGCUGAUUCAUGUGUCAGGUCAGCUCCAAUACCUCUUCCCCUCAGAUGGAGGACAUAUCAUUGUGGAGAGUAUCAGCUAUGUUGAAGGCUCCAGCCUAAUGAAAGUGGCUGUAAAGAAGGAUGGUCAUCAGUUCUACACACACAUCAACCAAGUUGUUGUUGAUCCAGCAACACCUGCCUCUCAGCCCCAUGACAAAGAAACCAAUGGCAGAAAAGAAGAUUUUAAAGAGACUGUGGAAAUGAAAAGAAUGAAACAGGGCUCCCUUUCAGCAGUGUUAGACAAUGGAAUCUACCUCUCAUACAGUGUCUAUGGCCCCACAGGAGAAUACAGAGUGAAUCCCGAGGAAAUGGAGCAAAGGGCCCCAGAGACCUCCACUGGUGUCCCCAUCCCUCUCUCCUCCUCCACCCACCGUUCCAAGGGGACAGACCUGGAUUCAGUUGCCUCCAAAACACACAGCCCAGCCAGCCACACGACUCCCCCAGAGACCCAGUCAAAGGUGUGUAAAGGCCAGCCUGCAUUGCCAUCAAGUCCAUUCAACAGUCUCAACCUGUCGGUUCCUAAUGGCCUGCUGCUGCAAUUUCUGCGAGAGGAUACACAAGGAGUGUCGUCGGAAGAGCAGGGCAUGUUAGUGAAACAGAGCUUUCCUCUUCACGGUAGGGAAGUUGUAGGGCAGCUUCCGGACCCUUCCCUCUCCAAAGAACUGUCUCGCAUUGUCACCAGCCAGGGAGCUGUGAUCCGAUACAUGAGAGACGGGUCCACAGAGGUUCUGUUUGCAGAUGGCUCAGUCAGCUUCAGCCAGGAUUCUGGUCCGGUGUGGGUUCCUGACUCUGAAGUUGAGGACGAAAACAUCUCUCAAGAAAAUGAGGACAUUAAGAAAGAGCAGAGCUCAGAGAAGGAGGCUGAUGCUCAAAGAGGGUGUUGGUUAACUACCACUCCUUCUGGAGCGCGCAUCCACACUGUGGGGACCACACACAAACACAUACCCAUCGAGCCCAUUCUCGCUUUCAAGGCUACGGACCCCAUUACCCAUGAGGUGAUGCUGAGUCGGGAGGAUCUGGUGGUUUCUGUUCAGAACCCAGACAGAUCUUUAAGUGUAGAACAUGCGGAUGGAACCAGGAUCACCAGUCUCAACCAAGAGAGACCACCAAGCACACCACAACAUAUACUGCUGCACACAGGGGAGCAGCCUGAGAGUGUGACCCUUAAAUCAACUUCUGAAUGUGCAUGCGGCUGCAUCGAGUGUGUGUGUGUCACUCGCUGUGCAGACAGCAUUUAUGACAAUAUGCACAUCCAGGAUAAGUGUGACAAUGGAGGGGAGAUUAGCGGGGACAGUGCAGGGAAAGCAUGUGACAAUGAGGGUGCUGGACAUGCUCGUACAGAGCUGAUUGAGCAUGUGUGCCAUGAAAGAGAAAGUAGUGUGUCUAGGAAUGGUGAUGAGAGUGUAUUUGCAGACGAUACUGUGUCUGAGAAUGGUAAGAGGAGUGCAUGUGACAGCGAUAAGAGGAGUGUGUCUACAAAGGAGCGGGUGGUGUUGGUGGAGAAAGAAGGCUGUGCCACGGUGGUAAUGUACCCAGAGCGACACAUGGCUCACGUCUUCUUAGGAGAUGGAACUGUCAUCACUGGAAGCAAUCAAGGAGCCUAUCAGGUGUUCCCAUCCAGUCUAGGACUCCUACAGAUCCAAAGCGAUGGGAAAUGUCUGUAUUCAUCCGACCCACUUGUAACUCCCAGUCCAAAGGGUGGAACUCCCACAAACCAGCCAGGAAGCUACACCAUGAGUCAUACAGGCAAAGUGGCCUGUGACAUUACAGACCCUGAUGGGAACCACUUCCAGGUGAUGGAAGAUGGACAGUUAUCAGUGUUGAACUGUAGCCCUGCACCAAGCACACUUAAACACUAUGAGGAGGACCUGGAGGAGGAGGACAGAGAAAUGGCCAGGAUUCAUUUAAAACACAGAGAACAUUGUCCCAGACUGUUUCUCGUGCAUGAAGAUGGCUCUGGUACUGAACUACUGAGUGCUCAAACCGCAGAGGAACUGCUCUACCAGGCGUACUCUGACCCUACCAUAGCACUGCUUAAGGAACCACUGCCAGACACACAAGAUGAGUUUGGCAUUACCAUCCUAAAGCCCAGCCACCAGAGCGUGUGGUCCCAGUGGUUGCUGGGUAAACAGAAUCCUGACAUCACCCCUCCCAACCUCAGAAACCGUAGCUGGCAGGACUUCCCCAGAACAGAGAAGAAGAGCCCAGGUCCUCCAUUAGGUACUGAUAUGGGACGAGGUUUGACUCUGAGAGAGAGUUCUGGUGGUUCUGCAACACAGCAUCAACCUGUCAGGAGCUGCCCUAAAGUCCUGGAGUUGAGGGAGCUGCACCAGCACCGACCAUUCACCACACCACUUAAAAAUACUGUAGACACACGACUGAAGGAGUACAUCGAGAGUUUGAUGGAGAGGGAGCAGCGAUCAGAGGAGAUCAAAGUCAAAGACCCUCGCACUGAGGAGGAGAGUGUUCAUGCCAGUGAUCUGCUCAAUCUAGUCCUGUCUUUUGCAGAAGAAGAGGAUACAACUCACACGUCUGACAAGAGGACUUCCGUGGAGAUAGCAAGUCUGUACAGUCAAGGAGUUGGAGCCCCAAUAGAGCAGUCAGAUGUUUCAGAAGACACCGCCACAGCAGCUAGUGACAGUUUUACGCAUGGAAAGGAAUCCAAAUGGACUGAAAGACUUGCACAGUACAGACAGGAGAUGUGUGAGGAGCAGGCGUACAGAGAGGCUCUGAGGAAGAAGAACAUCGUUCCUUUCUUCCACCCAGAAAAUAUUGUAUUAUACCAGGAUCUGCUGCGGCACCAAACACCAGACAUGAGGAGGCUAUCCAUGGAUCUUCCUCCGAUCCCUAAGUCAGACAAUCCUGACGCCUUCUUGAAAGAUGCCCCCCAAGAGAACACACCAAGACCCUUAAACCCAACACCUCCUCAGUCUACAAGUCAUGCAGGAGGAAGUGACCAGAUGCCUGAAAAAAGACCCACAAACCCCACGCCCAAGACUGCUGGUGACAGCAGUCUGAGAGGUUCAUCUGGGCAAUGUAAGUCAGUUCAAGUGGAUGUGACUGGGAAGCUCAGGCGAACUAAAGUCAGACUACCAACCUCUAUCCUCAGUUCUAAACCUCGAAGCGUACCAAAUCAGCAGUUCCUGUCAGUGGAAGAGCCUGUUAGGAGAAAGUGUCGAACUAUUUCUCUGACUGAUCCAAAUGUCAUAGCGAGGGGAUUCCAGCUGCUCCCGUCCAGUGUUGACUUUGGCACGCUGCAGGAGGGCACCUCCUCUGCCAUUACUGUCAUGAUGAAGAACGUGGGUGUCGACACCUGCAGGUUCCAUGUGAAACAGCCUCCUCCUGCUAAAGGCCUCCGGGUCAUCUACAAUCCUGGACCUGUGGCUGCAGGUUUGCAUGUUGAACUGCAGGUUCAGCUGUUUGCCAUGUGUGCAGUCCAACCAGGAGAGGUAGAGCUAAAGAAGUACAUCUGCCAGGAUAUCAUCAUCCACACUGAGACAGACAUCCUCUACCUGCCUGUCACUGCCACCAUCCUUCCUGAGAGGUUAUAUAACAUUUGGCUCAUGGACCACAACAAGAAAGGCUCCAGGGUCCGUCAACUGUCUUCCAGUCUACCAGUUGGACGGCAGGCCGUGCAGCCCCACAGAGGACCCGGUGCUCUUUUGACCGGUCCUUCAUCAGACACUGGACGCCUUAAUCACACCAACCCUUUGUGAGGAAUACACAUCACCAAUCUCCUAUAAGAUUCACUUCAUUCAAGCCCUCAUCCUAUUAUCAUCCUGUCACACUUCUCUCUUUUAGUCCACAACAUAUGAAAUAUAUUAAUGGAUUUGUAUUCUCUGCUCCAAAUAAAAUUGUUAUCA